CUCUGCCGAACGCGACACGGCGACGCCGAACUCUGGGCCUAUUUCAUCGCGAGACAUGCCGGGAGUCUGCUUUCCCGCCGAUACCGAGGGCGUGCGCUCCACGUCUGCCUUUGGAAAGGAGGUCUUCAGUGCCGUCGCUGCUGCUCUGGGCGACGAGCCGCUCGCACAGGCCAUCGUGAGCGAGAAGGACUGGCGCCACACGUACAACGCGCACAUGCUCAAGGUAUUCGAGGCGCAGCUUCGGGCGGAUCCGGCAGUGGCUUUGGCCUCGCUAAAGAAAGGUCUGGAGAAGGCGACGGCCAUGGACUUUGAGCCCAAGGACGGCACGCCUGCUGUGCCUCUUGCUGUGGCUGGGUCCAUUGACGUCAAGCCUUUCGGAACUUGGGCAAUCCACGGCACUGGCAACGCACUGAAGACGAUCUCCGUGCCGUACAACGGCAGCGUCCUUUCAGGCGCGUCGCUCAGCUUCCAGCUCGACAAGUGGGCGCGUCGAGGCACGAUGGAGGCGGACUGUGCCGAAGCCAUCAAGGAGGGCGUCCGGCUCGACACGUUCAAGGGGCGCACCUUCAUUCUGAUCGGAGCGGGCUCGGAGCUCGGUCCGCUGCGCCCGCUGCUGCUCGCCGGCGCGACCGUCGCUGCCGUCGCCACGCGCAAGCCGCAGCGGUGGGCGGAGCUCAUCGAGUUCGCGCAGACGACUGCGGGCACGCUGCUGCUGCCGGUGCCUUCGGGGGUGGCGAGUGACUGUCCGGACGUGGCGGCGGUGGCGGCGGUGGCCGGCGCCGACAUUUUGGCGGAGACGCCUGCGCUUGCCGCUUGGGUGGCGGGUGUGGUGCGCUCGUCCGCCGGGCCGGUGACGCUCGGCACAUACCUGUACGCCGACGGCGAGGCGAACGUGCGUAUCACCGCGGCGGCCGACGUCCUGACGCAGGCGGCGAUGCGCGCGGCCGCCGCCUCGCGCCGCGAGCUCAGCCUGGCUUACCUGCCCUCGCAAACGGUGGCACACGUCAUCCCCGCAGCCGCGGCGGAGGCGCAGCGGGCCAACGCGGCGAAGGCGCCCUGGUGGCAGUCGAUGAUGCGCUAUCGUCUCGCCAUACGCCCGCCGCUCAGCGGCGCGGCGGGCAGCGCGGCCGCGGAGCCGACGUACGUGCACGACGCCUACUCGAUGACGCAGGGGCCAAAUUACGCGCUCGCGCAGCACAUGCGCCAGUGGCGUGCGAUGCUCGCGUACACUGAGGGCUACGCCGUCUCCGCGCCGAUGGCGCCGGCCGCACGGACCGCGUCCAUGCUGCAUGUGCACACCGUCGCGACGGCGCUCGACGGAUGCCUGCCGCGACAAUAG